AUGCUCGCGCAGAAGAAGGACAGGUCCCUGGAGAUGCUGUACCACAAGACCACGCCGGGGGCAUCCGCGCUCCACGCGGGUGGCGGCGGCAAGAGAGAAGGCCCCGCCCCCGACAGCGUCAUCGACGACUUCCUGCAGAAGUGCCGCGGGGAGGAGGAGGGCCGGGCGACCUCCCCCGAGGCCUCAGGCGCGGUGCAGGCGCGGGCGGCGCUGCCGCCGCCGGACUCGCCGUCGCAGGGCGUCGCCGCGGGGCCGCGUGGCGCGCCGAGCGCCGACCGGCUCGUGCAGGAGGUAAUCGAGUUGAAGGCGAAGCUUGCGUCGAUGUCCCGGGAGAAGACGAAGCUCAAGGACCAGUUGACGGAGAAAGACAUGCAGUGCAGGCGGCUCACGGACGAGCUGGAGCAGGCCAAGAAGCGGGAGCAGGAGCAGCACCCCACGGUGGCCCGCCUGAGGAAGCUGGGGAUGAACCCGCCGGCCCUGGCCGACCUCGGUGAGCGUUGGGCGGGCUACGUGUUGGGCCGGGUCUCCAUGGCGAUGGACGUUGGCAACCAAGCGUUCCAGAAGGUGUUCAGUGCCCACUCCAGCAAUGGCCUCCUCGGCGAGAACACGUUCAAGAGCGUGAUCCGGAGGGGGCAGUUCGAGCCCUCCAUCAAGAGCGACCAGCUGACCAGGCUCUGGUUCUUUGCCGACGCGGACAGUAGCGGUCGCGUCGACCUUUUCGAAUUCAUGCGGAUGUUCGGGAUCACGGCCAACGGUGAUAUUUCGGACGAGUACUUCGACGUGCUUGUUCGACAUCUCUACAAGAGGUUCCAUUCGAGCGGUGGCCCCCGCUACAUCUGGAUGACCGCGGACAAGAACCAGAACAGGCUCUUGAGCCUCGAGGACCGCGCGCCUCUGACUCCCCGUCGCCUUGUAUGGGACCGCUUGUAA